AGCCCAGCCCACAAACGACGAAGUUGUCGUUUCCUUCUUCUUCUUCUCCGCCGAGGAAGCUGCUGCGUCCAUGGCCGACGCGCCUCCGCCGACGGUUUGGUGAGCUAAGACCUCAGGCUGCUGCUGCAUUCACGGUAAGCUUCCGCCUCGUUCUUGUGUCGAUCAGUCCCUUCGCGCGACGCGUGACUGUAUCAGGGACGACGCGCUCAAGAAUCGGCCGAGCCCGACCGGACAAAUCUACCCAGAAACUGCUCUUUCUGUCUCUCGCUAUCUCAUCAGAACAGCUGUGAUUGAGGCAUAACUUGGUCCUGGAGGAGUAAUAGCACAAACUGGUCUGCUGGUCAUAAUAUUUUUCUCUCGUUCAUAUUGUGCCAUACAAUAUACACAACAAUGUCGGUGACAGCAGGAGUGAGUGACACUGUAAUUGCUGUUAGGGAUAAACUUAGGGGUAAAAUUGGACAGACUAAGGUCAAAAGGUAUUGGCCUGGUAAAGUUCCUGAGUGGGCAGAUGAAGCUGAUGAAGAAGGGGAUAUCAGGAUGGCCAGGGCAGUUGCCCUGGAGAAAGCUUUCCCUACUCAUGAACAUUCAGAUAUUAGCAAGAAAGAUGAUCCCAGGCUGCGGCGUUUGGCUGAGAGCAGGAUAGAUAACCGUGAUGAAAUCAGAGCUGAUCACCGUCGCAUUCGGCAAGCUGAGAUCGUUUCUACCAUUGAAGAGGAAAACAGAAGACAGGAGGGUCUGGAAGCGGAAGAAGAGGAUGCAGAGGCUUUAGAAGAAAGGAGAAAAAAGAUAAGGGAGAAGUUGCUUCUGAGGGAACAGGAAGAGGCGGCGGCACUCCUUCCUGAAGAGGAGGAGGAGGAAGAGGAGGAGGAAGAAGAGGAAUCCGAGUAUGAGACGGACUCAGAAGAAGAGACGAAAGGUAUUGCCAUGGUGAAACCGGUUUUUGUCAUCAAGUCAGAGAGGGAUACUAUAGCUGAAAGACAGCGGCUUGAGGCAGAAGAAAGAGCCCUUGAGGAGCUAGUGAAGAGGAGACAAGAGGAGAGAAAGGCGGAGACGAAGCAGAUUGUGGUUGAGGAGAUCAGGAAAGAUGAAGAAAUUCAAAAGAAUCUGGAAAUGGAGGCGAACAUUGCUGACGUGGAAACUGAUGAUGAGCUUAACGAGGCUGAGGAGUAUGAAGCUUGGAAAGCAAGAGAGAUCGCAAGGAUCAAGAGGGAUAGAGAGGACCGUGAAGCAAUGUUGAAGGCGAAGGAAGAGAUUGAGAAGGUGAGAAACAUGACAGAGGAGGAAAGGAGGGAGUGGGAAAGAAAGAAUCCCAAAUCUACUUCGGCAUCAAAGCAGAAGUGGAGGUUCAUGCAGAAGUAUUACCACAAGGGUGCCUUCUUCCAGUCAGAAGCCGAUGACCAUGCUGGAACGGCUGGAUCAGAUUACAUUUACAGCCGCGACUUCUCUGCUCCAACUGGAGAUGAUAAGAUGGACAAAACUAUUUUGCCCAAAGUCAUGCAAGUCAAGCACUUUGGUCGGAGUGGAAGGACGAAGUGGACUCAUCUUGUUAAUGAAGAUACAACUGAUUGGAACAAUCCUUGGACCUACAAUGACCCUCUCAGGGCAAAGUACAAUGCGAAGAUGGCUGGAAUGGAUGCUCCCAUAUCGAAACCCAGAGGAAGCAAGAAAUUGAAGGACUGGGAGUCUCGAUGAGUUGUUGCAGUGCCGAGGAGUACCCAUAGGCCAGAUUUUUAUCGUUAGGUGUUUUGUAGCAGAGACCAUUUGUUUCUAGGCUGAGGCAGCACUGGAUAAUGUAAGAGGGGUUGACGUGCGAAAGAUGCAAAUAUUGAUGUAAUCUUGAUGGUCGUUGGAAGAAGUCCAGCAUAUCAAAUUAUAAUCAGUUAAUGAUUAUUCAUGACAUAUCUAUUUUUCUGGUGUUA